AUGGCUUCGAUCGCCUCUUUCUCUUUCUCACCACCGGCGAUACCGAAACAGACACUUUCCGAUUCUCAUCUCCCCGCGAAAUCGCGGUGCUUCAAUUGUCAAUUACGGUCUUCUCGUUCAUCCUUCUCUUCUAUCGAUUCGUCAUCAUCGCUUCUUAGUAACUCUCUAGAUUUUAGACUGCGGCGGAGGAGAAACAGCGGCGAAGUAGCUUGCUCAACGACGCCUUUUAUGGGGAGAGUGGGAUUACAGUGGAGAGAUGGGAACAUGUCUCUGUUAUCUUUCUGUGGAGGAAACGAAUCGAUGGAGAAGACCGAUUCGUCUCAGGUUUUGUCCGCUUUGCUUCCGUUCGUCGUCGCUCUCACCGCCGUCGCUGCUCUCUCAUAUCCAUCGACUUUCACUUGGGUAUCUAAAGAACUCUAUGCUCCUGCUCUUGGAGGGAUCAUGUUAUCUAUUGGAAUCCAGCUUUCGAUUGACGAUUUUGCUCUUGCAUUCAAAAGACCAGUGCCACUGUCUGUUGGGUUUUUUGCUCAGUAUGUUCUGAAACCGCUCUUAGGGGUUUUAGUCGCUAACGCCUUUGGGAUGCCAAGAACCUUUUACGCUGGCUUUGUACUCACCUGUUGUGUGGCAGGUGCUCAAUUAUCUAGCUACGCGAGCUCUCUAAGCAAAGCAGAUAUAGCCAUGAGCAUUCUUCUCACUAGCUGUACAACUAUUGCCUCUGUUCUCUUUACUCCAUUGCUAAGCGGUCUUCUUAUCGGAUCUGUUGUUCCUGUUGACGCAAUCGCAAUGUCCAAGUCCAUACUACAGGUGGUGCUUGUUCCAGUCACACUUGGCCUUGUGUUAAACACUUACGCAAAGCCUGUGGUCACUCUUCUUCGACCCGUGAUGCCUUUCGUUGCUAUGGUAUGCACUUCUUUGUGCAUCGGGAGCCCUCUUUCGAUAAACCGAAGCCAGAUUCUUUCAUCAGAAGGUCUUAGAUUGAUUCUUCCGGUCAUUACAUUCCACGCGGUAGCAUUUGUUGUGGGGUAUUGGUUCUCUAAGAUCCCAGGCUUAAGGCAAGAGGAAGAAGUUAGCCGGACGAUCUCUCUCUGCACCGGAAUGCAGAGCUCGACAUUAGCCGGGCUUCUUGCAAGCCAGUUUCUUGGUAGCAGCCAAGCUGUACCAGCAGCUUGCUCUGUGGUUGUAAUGGCUAUAAUGGGUCUGUGUCUUGCCUCUUUCUGGGGCAAUGGGUUUCGAAUCAGAGAUGUUCUGUCUCUACUAACACUGCAAAGCAGUGGCCAUACCGUUGAAUCAUGA